UGGUAUUUGUUGCAGGGAGUGCUGACCUUUAGAGAUGUGGCCGUAGAAUUCUCUCAGGAGGAAUGGGGAUGCUUGAACCACAGUCAGGGGGAACUGUACAGGGAUGUGAUGUUAGAGACCCAUGGACACCUCCUCUUUUUGGGUCUUGUGUCUAAGCCAGACCUAGACAUCUUUUUGGAGCAAAAGAAGGAGCUAUGGGGAGUGAAGAGAAAGGAGAAGGUACCCUCACACCCAGGUCUUGCUCUCUCUGGAUCUGGUCAAGAUUUCUGGAAAAGGAAAGAGCCCUGACAUGUGAAGAGAAAGGAGACAUUACCCACACAUGCAGUACCCUUCUAGUACUAUUCCAAAAUUUACAAGUACUCCAGAUGAUUCUGAUGAAAGCUAACUUUGACAGCCUCUGCAAGAACUAGGUCAGAAAUCAUCCUGGACUUGG